AUGUCUACUUCGACGUCGAACGAGCAGCCGCCGAACGAGCAGCCGUCAAAUGUCUCUUUCGGCGCCGAUUCCACGGAAUCCGGCUCUCGUUCCAAUUCGACGUCUCCAGAACAGAAAGAAUCUCCAAAAGAUGCGUUCGCGCGGUUUUUGACGCAACAGGUAAAGCACAUAGUUUUUCAGAUUGUUCCUUUUUUUGAGCAGCUUGAAAAGUUUUUAAAAGUCAGUUUCAUCGAUCUAUUUUUUUCAGGGCUUCUCCAAGGACUUUUCCGAAUAUAUGAUAAAUUACGCGGUGUUGCACCAGGAUUGGAAAAAGCAAGGAGCGACUGAAAAUCAAGGUUUGAAAACUGGAAAUUGUGAGGAAAAGAUGAAAAAAUUUCCGGCUUUCCAUUUUUUUUUCGCGUUUUUAGCGUGUCCAUUUUAGCUUCAAAAAAGAAUUUUUUUUGAAUCAGGAAUAAGUUAAGGGUUUAUAGAAACCUUUCACAAAUGUUUAUUAGAAUCAAUCUUCGCUCAUUUCACCGUUAGCCUAAAACGGUAUUUUUGUUUUUACUAUUCUCAAAGUCGUUUCAAGACCUUUAUCAUAUAACUUUUAAAAUCAGCUCGAAAAUUAUAAAAACCUCCAUUUUCAGGCCCAUCGCAACAGAUCGUCUCAAUCGAAGAAAUCGAGUCUGAUGACGAAAAGGAAAAAGAGCCGAGCCCCACGCCAAAACGGUCCAUCCGAGCCAGAAAACCCAAGCUUUUGCCUCCGGAAGAGACGCCGACUUUGAGCAGGAAAAGGGGCCAACAAGAGAAAAAAGACGCGGACAAGGAAGACAUGCCACAUCUGGAGGAGGAACCGAAGCAGGAGGUCGUGUCUGACGAUGAAGACACCCCGGAGCCGAAAAAGACCAAAAGAUCGGCUCUCUAUGAAGAGUUGUUGGACGGGUCUGUGGGAGUCGCUUCGAGGAGAUCUCCUCGCAAGAAACGGGAUGUUCUCGAUGAGUCGAUGGAUUCGGAUGAGGGUCGGUUUUUUAGAAUCACCAUGCAAAAUAGAUAUGACAACGAAAUUGAUGCUAGAUCCCGACAAGAAAUUUCGCAGCAAGCUCUGGCGCGACUUUAGAGCGACAUGGCGGCGAUAUCGCAGUAUUUCACACCGUAAGAUAAACCGCGGUACACAUAGUACAUGGCGGCGAUGUCGCGUUAUUUCAGCAUUCUAGAUAAUCCGCGGUACACAGAGCGUCAUCGCAAUAUUUGAGAACGCAAAAUAAUCCGCAGUACAGAGAGCGAAAAGGCAGCGAUAUCGCCUUAUUUCCGCAUGCAAGAUAAUCCGCGGUAUAACAGCAAGAUUGACGCUAAACCGCGAAAAGUGUUCUCGCAGAGCUUUAGCAAGCCUCGGGCGCGACAUGGCGGCGAUAUCGCAAUAUUUCAAAACGCAAAAUAAUCCGCAGUACACAGAGCGACAUGGCGGCGAUAUCGCAAUAUUUCAACAUGCAAGAUAAUCCACGGUAUAAAAAAAAGAUUGACGCUAGAUUGCGAAAAUGGUCUCGCGACACUGUGGCGAUAUCGCAUAAUUUCCGUAACGCAAAUUUUGAGAAGCAAAAUUUUCAGAAUUUUUUUCUCAUUCUCUUUUUUCUCAAAGUUCGUCGUUGGGUUGUUUUUUCUAACCGAAUGCGCAAGUUUGCUUCUGCUUUUUCGAGCCUAGGGAAAAGUGAUCACUAAAGGAUUUUAAAAAACUUCCAGGAAAGAAUUGCUGCGUUUUCCAAAAGUUGAGAGUGAAAAAGCAAUGAAAAUCGUGUCGCCAGGAAAUGUUUCUUAAAAAACCGACUUUUGGGCAGUUUUCAGAGAAUUCUUGACAUGAACGUGAAAGGAAAUACCUUGUGAGUGUGUCGAAAUUGAGUUUGAUUAUACUUUAUUAUAAAUUUCCUACUAACUUAAAAAGAAAAUCAGCAAUUUUUUUCUUCAUUUUUCAGCAUAAAAAUUGAAAUUACAGCCGACAAGAACAUCCGCCGGAGUAACCGAGGUCGUCGCCCGAAAGUCCAUUUCUCGCCGGACUUGUCCAGGGUCAAAACGGAGCCGGAAUCGCCAGAAGAAUCGCCCGAAAAAGAGCUGUCUCCAGUGAUGAGCCAGACCAAGAAGCGAGGACGCAAGCUGGUCCGACUUCAAAUCAAGAAAAUAAGUUAUAGAGAAAAAUUCAGGUCGCCAAGGACCUGACUCUUAGAGACGCUGAGCCGAAAGCGAAAAAUACCCCAGUUGGCAAGGCGAAAAAUAUGAAGGUUAAACGGGAAACGGUCGAAUCGGACCCGGAAAUCGAAGAAAGCGAUGAGGAGGAGGAGUACGAGGAGGAAGAGACCAGCUCCGAGUCGGAAAUCGACGAUGAUGAUGAGGUUUUUUCAUUUUUUUUUAACGGUAGAGUAAGGUGAAAAUUUGCCUCCUUCAGUAUUAUUUUUUUGUACGGGAGAAUUUCAAUUGUUUUUCUAAAUCCAAAGGGUUUCGAAUUUUUCGGAUUUUUUUACAAUAAAAAAAUAAAUAAAAUAUUGAAAAAAAUCGGUUUUUUUGGUAUUAUUUUUUUGUUGAGAAUGAUCUUUAUUGACUCAAAAGUCCAAGGAAUUUUCCUAGGGUUCUGAAUUUUUCUCCUUUUUUUGAAGUAAUAAAAAAAGUAAUUUUUUUAAAUCGGUGUUAUUCUUGUAGUAGAUGUCUUUAUAUAGACUUAAUUUUUUUGUAGGAUUUUUGAGGAGGUUUCAAACUAUUUAUUAUAAAGUUUUUAAAAGGAGAUGUAUUCUUACCGGCUCCAAAUUUCAAGGGUUUUCUAUAGGGGUUUGAAUUUCGGCUUAUUAUUAUUAUAUUUGUAGAAGAUGUAUCUUUAUUGUCUCAGAAGUACGAUUUUUUCAAUAUUUUUGGAAUAUUUCAAUAUUUGAAAACUUGGUUCUGGAUAUUUGAGGUUGAAAUUCAACUCUUGAAACUGGUUUUUUUUGGAAUUGAAGUUCCAAAUUUUUGGCUAUAAAACAUCGUUUUUGACAUUUUUCGCCUACAUCAACCUCCCGAAUAGCUUUCAAACUACAUACUCGUCUGCAGGAAGAGUACUGCCCAACGCCGAAAAAGAAGAAAUUCGGCCCGAGAAGCAGACUUUUCGGCGUGAAGAGCGAACCCCGGCCGAACGUCAAGAAAAGCUGCGAGCCCCGGAAAUCGCUCGGCAAUCUCAAAGUGAAACAGGAGAUCAAGGCGGAGGUCAAGAGCGAGUUCUACGCCUAUGGCACCACUACCGCGUCUUUCUACGGUCCUGAGGUAUAUCAAAUUCAGGGCUAUUACUUCUUGGAAUCGAACAACUAUUAAUUAUUCAGGAGUACACUCAUAGUAAUUCAUGAAGUAGUCCUCAAAACUUCCAGGAAAAAAGCCUGAAAUUACUCAAAAAGGAGCUCAUUUUUGCAGCAGUUAUUUUAAGUUUGCAGGCAUUUUUUCAUUUUUUUCAACCCAAAUUUUUAUAAGAAAUUUUGAGCAGAAAAAAAUGCUGAAAUUUCUGAAUUUUCCGGUCCGUUUCUCAUCAAAAUUUGUAUGAAAAGGUUUGAGAAAACGGCGUUUUUGUUUCAAAAAAGAAUCUCGUCUCGAAUACUGAAGGCCAAAGUUAUGAAUUUGAUUUCAGUACGACGAGAAGGACAUGCUCGAACGAGUGGCCAAAGGAGAACUCCCGGAAACGGCGGCCUACAAAAGAACCAAUAACAGUAUUUAUCUGCCAGCUAUCGACGCUGACAUGAUCGAAGGAAAUGGAACGUUAGUCAUUUUUUCUUACUGAUUCAACAAAACUGUAAAGUCGCUGCGCAUGAUAACGUAUGAUAACAAAAAUAACGUGUUUUUUUUCAUUUUUUCAAACUUCCAUAGUUUCUUAUCCGAUGCUGUUUGAACCUUAAAUUGAAAAAAAAAGUCGGCGAAUUGAACAGGAUAAUGACUUUUCCUCCUUGACGAGGUAUUUCAAAGGUAUAUAGGCAGUAAAAAUAGGGUUCUAGACAAAUUUUCCACUUCAUGAAGAACUUCAUCACGUGUAGGAUAAUUAGAAUGAUCCAAAGCAAGACUCCAAAAUUAGGCAUUUUUGAGCUUCUUCGUGUAGACUUUCUGCUAAAAAAUUGAUAUCUCUGCAAGAUUUUUAUCCCUGAUUUUUUCCCCCGUUUUUCAUUUCUCACUUACCUUUAAUGUAGAAAAUCUCUUGGUGGUACUAAAAAAGGCAUUUUUCCUCCUUGGCGAGGUAUUUUAAUGGCAUAUGGUCAGUAAAAAUAGGGUUCUAGACAAAUUUCCCAUUUUAUGAAGAACUUUAUCACGUGUAGGAUAAUUAGAAUGAUCCAAAGCAAGAUUCAAAAAAAGUGCAAGAGAAAAAGAUCGCAUUUUUGUGCUUCUUCAAGUAGAUUUGCCGCUGAGAAAUUUUUUGAUCUACUCAUUUUUUUUUCGAUUUAGUUUCAAACUCCAUUUUCUACUGCCCAUGUGCCUUUAAGAUAUCCUCAUUUCAAAUAAUUUUAAAAAAGGCGUCCUUUUACAUUUUUUGUUUUUGUAGAGUUCUUAUACGUCUUGAUAGCGUGAAAAAACAUACGAAAAUGGUACAGUUCAAAGUUUGAUUUUCUAGAGACGCUGUUGUUCGAGUCAACAGCGCCAACGACUUCAAAUUCACCCGGGUUUGCCCGAAAACCAAGGAAGAUCAUGCCGAUAAGGCCAUCGUUCGCCAGAUCAUUCAGCACGUUCAACAGUAUCCAGGUUGGUUUGUCAAAAAAAAAGUUGAAAAUGGAUUUGAACAAAAUUUCCCCUCAAGGGCAUACUCGGCUACCUUUUUAUGUACUUUGACUUGCAUGAAAGAAAGCCUUUUUUUAUUGAAAUUGGAAAAAAGUUUCGAGGGUUGAUUUGAACCUCAGCACUGAAUCCGAUGAAAAAGGCUCAUUUUUUAAAAUUUGCUCAAUUGUCCCCAUGGAGUACCAUUCAUGAAAUUAUGCUACUGUGGUUAAAUUUGAAUAUUAUUGAUUAUUUUUAGAAAUUGAAGGUCUGGCAGUAAGAAAAGUCUCAAAAUAUAUGUAAAGCUUUGAAAUUUGCAAUUCUAACGGUGUAUUUUGAACGAGAAACUUACCCCACUUUUUUUUCUUUGGUUCUCGAAGUAUUUUUUCCUCUUAACUUCCGGCUUAUGUUCCUUCAAAAAUACUGAACGUCGUGCUGAACUACCAAGACUUUUAAAAACACGACAAAAAGCUCCAGUUCCCCAGGAAAAAUGACAAGGAACUUUUUUCUUGCAGUGAUUUGGGACCAGCGCUUGAAGUGCCACCUCCAGAUCAAGUACACUCGCCGAGCCUGGUCUCGGAUCCAAGGAGCUCUCCAAAACGAGCAGUACCCACUGCAACGCCUCAAACAGAUCUGGAAGAACAAGAAGGACUACUACAUCAGUGCCACUCGUGCCGGCACCUGCACAUCUAAGUGGCUCUUCACCGAGUUCGUUCCAACUCUUCCAGUUGAAAAAUAACUUUUUCUCCUUGCAGAGACAUGGAAUUCUACCGACCGUGCAUUAACUACCGUCUCCAUCACACCCUGACCUCGGCCGACAGUACCGACAGCGGGAUCAGCGACAAGUUCGCCCUGUCGAACAAGAUUUUCGCCUGCGAAGAGGACGAGAAGGACGAGGCCUUGAUGUGCGUUUUGAAGUUUUCCGUCUGUUUGAAACUCGAUAUUUCUCAAAAAAAUCACGAUUUAUGCAUGCCAAUCACUUCUUCAGAAAGCAUAUAUUUAUGAAAAUAUCGAAUUUGUUUUCUUCUCAUUGGGAUUUAAAACGCAUAGAUUCAUUGUUAUAAAAGAAUAAUAUGACGUGAAAAUAGGAUCUUUCCAAAUUUAGGUUUUAUAAUUCAAAGCUAGUUUUUCGUUAUUCUUCAUUUGAAGUUGCUUAUUUUUCAAAAAUCUAUUUUUGAUUUUCGAGAUUUAUACGAACUCCUCUCUGAUAUAGCUGAUUCACGGCUGGCUUGAGCCAUCGAAAAAAAAGGGUCCUGACACGAAAUGAUAAGAGACAGUGACUGGUUUAUGGAGAGCGCAGACAGGCCACGCCCCUUUGCGUUUCAAGCUAGUUGUGAACCGGCUGUAAUUGUAUUUUGAAAAUCCUAAAGUGAACUUAAAAAAAUUCCUUUUAAGUUAAAAGCAGGAAAAACAGGAAUUCUCUGACCUCGAAUAUUUAUCUAACUUGAAAAAAUCGCACAUGCAAGAAAUAAAAAAAGAAUAAAAUUUACAGUUUCUCUCUGCGUAUGCUGAAGGAGCACGAGAACGAAGAACGCUACGGCGAUUUCAAUGCCAAAGUCACGGAAAUCUUCAAAAACCAACUCGAGAAAUUCAUGAAGGCCAAGAAGAAGUAA